GUGUGAUCAGUGGGAUUAGAGUCCACAGGGAGCUGACAGCCAUGCUGGCUUGGCUUUUGCUUCGGCAGCAGGAGAUAGAAGAAAAACUCAUCGAGGAAGAAACAGCACGAAGAGUGGAAGAAUUGGUGGCAAAAAGGGUAGAGGAAGAAUUGGAGAAAAGGAAAGAUGAAAUUGAGCGAGAAGUUCUCCGAAGGGUGGAGGAAGCCAAACGCAUCAUGGAAAAGCAGUUGCUCGAAGAACUCGAGCGACAGAGACAAGCUGAGCUUGCAGCACAAAAAGCUAGAGAGAGGAAGCUGGCGCGUAUGGCAGCCGAGGAGCACACUCUGCAGGACACUGGACAAGACAGUAAAUAUUCAACUUUUAAUGCUGAUUAAAGGAGUAUAGGUAAAGAAUACGUAGGUAUACAUAAUUGGUGAGACAAAUAUUCACUUUAUUUAUAUUUUAUAUAUUAUUUUUUAAUUUGGUAAAUACUAUCCAGUUUUGUAGUUGUCCUUGUUGAUUUGUGUGAUAUUAAAGUAUUAGUGAUAAUUGUCAGGAAACUAUCAUUAGGGAGGGUUUAGUCGGUUGCUGUUUGGACUGGGAGGGAUGAUAUAAAUUUAGUGCUAGAAACCGAUUUUAGUGGCUGCGCAGUUAAUCAUUUGUCAGACAGAAGGUAGCUAUAAAGCUACCCUGUAAGUCAGAUCAAAAAAGGUCAGAGGAAGAUUAGUGAAUAUUUAUCAAUAAAAAUAAACAUUUUAUUUUUCUAACAUUUUAACCUGUCCUCCCCUUUAGGAGGAAGAACGUGCAAAGCGUGAGGAGCUAGAGCGAAUACUAGAAGAGAAUAACCGAAAAAUUGCAGAAGCACAAGCCAAACUGGUAAGUAUAAAACAUGCAAGAAGUUCUUUGCAUUUGCUUAAUUUUUUUUUUAAUUCCAAAUUUUUGUGGAAUAGUUUUGUACUUUAUAAUUGAAGUUACUUGCCGAGAUUCUCAGGGUGCUUUUUCAGGGCUUUGAGUUUGAAGCUAGAGUAGGAAGAGUUGACUAGAUUUUUAUCUGUGAUCUGGAGAUGGUUCCAGAAUUGUGGUGGUUUAAAACAGGUUUCCUGGGGAAAAUGUACUGUUGCCUAUCCCCAGUUUUUCCUAUCACAGCUUCAAUCACAUUUCUUCUAUGCCUAAAAAACAACUUAGAGUUAUUUAAACCGCCCAUUGCACUUUGCAUUUGUUGCCUUGUUACCAGUCACUAUACAAAUUAAGUAGAUUUUAUGUAUUUAAGCAAGUAUAUCAGAGUAA